UCUCCUCGAUAUAGUGAAACUGGCUCUCUCUCGCCUGUGGACUAGCUAACAAGUGGUAUCACAGCCGCGGCUGGAAAUCGGGCUAGGGUUUUCGAUUCAAAAGAAUGACGUCGGUGAACAUGAAGAUCGAAAAGUUCACGAGGAAGAACAGCUUCGCUAUAUGGCAGAUCAAGAUGCAGGCUUUAUUGAAACACGAAGGGCUGUGGGGGCUGCUAUCUGCGAAACAGAAGAAGGCAGCGGUCGAUGACGAUGAGUCGAAUACCCUGGAGGAGAAGGCCCACUCGACCAUCAUGCUAUUGUGGUCCGAUGACGUCAUCAUUGAAGUCGCUGCUGAGAAGACUUCCGCGGGCUUGUGGUUAAAGUUGGAGAGUCUGUAUAUGAUGAAGUCCUUAACCAACAAGCUGCAUCUCAAGACACGGUUGUUCAGCUUGAGGAUGCAAGAAGUUACGCCUUUGAGGGAUCAUCUGGAACAACUUAAUUCUAUUUUGCUAGACUUACGCAAUAUAGAUGUGAAGGUUGACGAUGAAGAUGGUGCCCUAAUCUUGCUUGUGUCUUUGCUGAGUUCAUAUGAGAAUUUCGUGGAUUCUUUUAUUGCUGGUAAAGAUAGCUUGUCGUUGGAGGAUGUCAGAUCUGCUCCACACGAGAGAGAUCAGGCAUAAGGCGUCCGGUUCUGGUGUAGGUGGUGAAGCAUCGGGUUUGGCUAUUACAGGUGGAAAGAGAAAGAAGAAAUCUGGUAAAGGGAA